ACGCCAGAAUAAUGACAUUAGUUCGUUGCCUGUUUAUUAACCUUAAAAUAAGACGUGGGAAAUAUAAAUAAAGAGGUUUUUCAGUAUAUUUAAGUGUGUUUAAGACACAUGCUUUAUUGAUUUCAAUGUCUUGAUGCAAUGUUUUUUAAUUUAAUCUAAAGUAGAAUUUAAAAUCACGUAGUAGUACUAAGUACUAACCUGUGGCUACUGAUAUAAUAUUAGUGACUUUAUUCAGUAAUAUUUAUUGAUAUUAAAAAAUAUCAAAGUGCUCUCCUCAACAUCUUACUAUACUAUGUAAGAUUGGUGCAAUUUUGUAAAUAUAUAUUACAAAAAUUUAUUUUGGAUUUUGAAACAAUGUCAGAAACUGAACUAAUAAAAGACAAUAAUGAGGUUAACUUAGAAACUGAUAAUAUAAAAGAGGAAUAUGCAUAUCUGGACCGUGGUGGGUUUUCGUCUGAAAAGUUCAAAGUCGAAAUUAGAGGCCUCCCCAAAUUCUAUGGAAUAGUGGAACUGAAGAAGCUAAUGAAUCAGAAACUGGGUCUCAAUGCCAGCAAAAUCAAAAGACCAAAGAAUGGCAGUCAUUGGUUGUUUGCAUGUUUCCAAAACGAUGAGGACAGAUCCAAGGCAAUAAGCACUCUUAAUGGAUAUUCCUGGAAAGGUAAAACAUUGAUUGCCGAAGAAGCAAAACCAGCACCAGAUCCAUUGGUGAAGAAGAGAAAAAGAGAUGAAGAUUCAGUAAAUAUUAAAAAGAAGAAAGAAGACGAGAACAAGAGUCAAGAAGAAAGAUUAAAAGACGCUGUUACGCCAUAUUGGAACAUCCCUUACGAAGAACAGCUGGCACUAAAGGAGAAAGAAGUGAAGAACCUGUUAAUGAAAUUUGACAAUGAAGUAUGGAAAAUUGAUAAGAACAAACGUAAUUUAAUAGAAUCGAAACGUAAACUGUAUAAUGGACUAAGUUUCGAACUGAAGCCCAUACAAAGGUCGCCGAUCACGGCCGGGUAUAGGAAUAAAUGUGAAUUCACUGUGGGGAUCGAUGACGACACGGGGAAACCAACGGUCGGCUUCAGACUGGGGAGCUACGUUACCGGGACAGUCGGCGUGGCGCCAGUCGGCAGCUUGACUCAUAUAUCAGACAAAAUGAAACAAGCGGUUUUGCUGUUCCAGAAUUUUGUCAGGAAGUCCAAUAUGUCACCGUUCUCGCCCGCGGACUACUCGGGUUACUGGCGUUACCUCACUGUCAGAGAAUCCACUCAUAAUGGAGACAUUAUGCUGAUUGUGGCCAUGUAUCCACAGGAUUUGACAAAAGAUAAAUUGGAAGAACUGAAACGAGAAUUGAUUGAACAUUUCAGCUCCGAAGAGGCUCAGGCGUGUGGAGUUAAGUCUGUGUACUUUGAAGAAAUCACCAAAAAGAGGUCAGGUGAGGACGGCUCGAAGCCGAUACAUCUAAUGGGCGCAACUCAUAUAGUGGACACAAUACUCGGACUACAGUUCAGAAUUUCUCCAGAGGCGUUCUUUCAGAUCAACACGGCGGGUGCUAACAUAUUAUAUCAGAGCGCUAUAGACCUCAGCAACGUCAAUGAGAAGUCCACGUUGAUCGACAUCUGCUGCGGGACCGGUACCAUCGGCCUCUGUUUUGCCAAGCAUGUAGGGAAAGUCCUUGGUGUGGAGCUCGUGUCGGAAGCCGUUAAGGAUGCGAGGUCCAAUGCUGAGCUGAACUCUAUUGAUAACUGUUCGUUCUUUGCUGGUCGUGCUGAAGAUGUGCUGCCCUCUGUGCUGGCGAGGGCGACCUCUGAUGACGUCAUCGCGGUCGUGGACCCGCCCAGGGCUGGGCUACACAUGCGGGCCGUGACUCAACUCCGCAAUACUAAGAAGGUGUCCCGCUUGAUAUACAUAUCGUGUUCCCCGGCGUCGGCUGUCAAGAACUUCGUGGAUCUUUCCCGACCGUCAUCCAAGACGCUGCGGGGGGCGCCCUUCGUCCCCGUGCAGGCCGUGCCCGUCGACAUGUUCCCAUACACUAAACACGUUGAAUUAGCUGUUUUAUUUGAAAGAGAGGUUCAACCCAGUGAUGGUAAUGAGUGUGAAGUUGACGAGAAAGAAGUCAAAACAGAAGAAAACGCUGACGUUAAGAAAGAAGAAAAUAAUGUUAGUUUGGAAGAAAAUACACAGACGUGAUGAUAUUUCAAUGUUAAAAUUUAUAAAAUAAAUCAAUAUUAUAUACUA